AUGCCAAACACAAUUGCACUAUACCCGUUCGAAACAACGAUUUUUUUCAAGCCAGAAAACUCCGAAUUCACGUCCCAAAAUUUGUGGAAAAGUCUUAAGAAGGAGCAUGUUCAGCGCCUAGAAUUGGAUGAUGAACAGCAAGAGGUUUUGGGCGACAUCCCUCGAGAGGCGGUGAUACAUGAUUUUGAGAGAUUUCCGAACUGUAUACGGUGCAAAUGCUCGAUUCAAAGCGCCUCGCCGGCGGAACCAACUGUCAAAUUCGAGACGCCGCUGGAACGGCGUCUUUCAACUCAAGAGAGCAGGCAGCUCAUGGAACUCUCUUCCACACUGGGGGUUGAGGCUGUUGUUGCAAGUACCCAAUUAUACUCCACGUUUCCCGACCCACUCAAACAACGUUUGCUGUACGUCCUGGGCUUGGAGUCCCUGGUUGCGGCUGCAAUGCCGCAGGUACUAGCUUUUGUCGCUCUUUUGAAAGGAAGAUUCGUUGAGUAUACAAAGAUUGAGUCCCCCGUCCUGCUACCAUCAUGUGUGGGCAAUGAGCAGCUGAACAUCAAAAACAUCCUCGAUAUCUACAAAACCGAGGUGGUCACCCCGGAACUUUGGUCGCAAGAUUCUAGCGAUAUAUUUCUAAUAAAUGAAGUGCACUCUCUAAACCUCCUGGCAAAAGAGAAGCUGGAACAGAUGGUUGGGGUCGCGAGAAACAGCAUCUUGUGCUCUAGCAUUUAUAACAUCUCGGAAACCAAGCUCCACUACCUGAAAAUGUUCCGCAAACGCGAGCUCACAGAUAUAAUGUCCAGAUACCAAUGUUAUGUUAAAAUCAACAAGUCGAGUAUUGAUUUCGUUGCUGGGUCUAUUCAAGUUAUAGAACAAACUAUGAAACAACUGACACUUGAGCUCUUAAUGACAGCUUACGAAGCACAGAUUAUAAUCCAUGAUCAAGAAGGGAAUGUAGUGCAAGGGCGUUUAACUGCAAAGCUACGCGAGCUUGCUUCCCAGAACCAAGUCAUUAUCCUUCAGCUCCUACCGAACGCGUUAAAUUGUGUGAUAGUGGGAAGUCCACAUAAUGUCAGCAAGUGCAUCGAUAGCUUUGAAAAAGAGGAAUUCAAGGAUGAUGUUCAGAUCCGCUUCCUUGUUGAGCUGCACCCUGACUACAAGGAAUUCAUCUCGGGCAAAAAGAAUGGGAAGAUGUCGAAGAUCAUAGAAAACGCCAAGUGCGCAGUCUCGCUGGAGCUACGAGAAGACCAGACCAAUAUGUGUAUUGUGCUAACUUCGAACUCUUUCGCUGCAGCAAAGAUUGGCGUCAGACUACUAAGUGACGAGCUGCCUGCGGAAGACUCGUUUUUUAUUCCAGAUUCGUAUCACCGACCCGUGAUCGGCACUGGCGGUUCAGUUAUACAAACCAUAAUGAGAAGAUACAAUGUUUUCAUACAAUUUUCCAAUACUUACCAAGUUCCAUACAUCAAUAUUGGCUUCACAAGACGCAACAACGUUGUUAUACGCUGCCCCCACAAAAACCAAAAAUCUAUAUCCCAAGCAAGGGACGAAUUGAUGCGUUUGGUCUCAGAAUAUAGCGAAAUGCAAGCGAGGACUUUUGUGAAUCUCUCGCCAGGCCAGUACCGUCACUGUUUUUUACAGAAUAGCAACUUCAUGCAAGAUGUUGUGAGCGACCUAGAAAAGAAAACAGGAGUCUACAUUAAAUUCCCAACAACAUGUCCAAGAGAGAAUGUGAUAUUUGAAGUUAGAGGAGAUGAGCAAAACUCUGUCAACGCUGCGAAAGAGCUUGUAAGACGCUUCGCGCUUGAGAGGGAAAUCACGGUUGAUGCCAAGAUCAAGGAUGUUGAAGAUUUCACCAACAAGCUCGUCGUACCUCUCAAAAGUGGGUUUGACAUUGAAACCUCCGUCAAAGGCAGUACAGUGACAUUGACAUAUUCCGAGGCUAAAGUUCCAUUAAUGAAAAAAGCACGCGAUAUAUUACGAGCUUACCUCUCUUCCAAAGGGAUGCAAGUCGUCGCGGAGAAAGAGCUUGAUCGAAACUCUGCCUUAGAGACCCGCCACAACCCCAAACAAGAAAUCAUCGCAGGUCCUCUCUAUUAA